ACAAAAAUUACUAGCUGAACUUCGUAUGAUCUUUAGCUUCAUAUUUACUGUUCGUGACAUGGAUUCCACAAGACGCUCGGUUUUUCGAGAAGACGUUCCAUUACUUUUGUUUGAAAUGGAACGUUCGCGGAGCAUAAUCCCACAGGUUUUCAAAAAUAUUGUGAUUUGAAGAUUGUGGAGGGAUUUAUGAAAUUUUGCAAAAGGCGGUAACUGUGAGCCCCCAUGCAUGCAGUGAGUAACAUCGUUGUGCAUGCAGAGGGAGGAGUAGUGUGGUAUUAAAUUAAAGGCCUCGAUUAACAUUUUCCAAAGCUGUUCUGACAUUCGUUGCAAAAGGGAGCAGUGUGGGAGCUGGAAAAUUAUUUUCUCAUUGACAGACCUGUCAAAUAACGAAUUUGCGACUAUAUGCUGGCUAGGCCUCGGAAUACCACCGUUAUAUGUAUGUUUAAAUAAGUAUGGGGGUAUUUACUAUAUUUUAUGGAAACUGACUGGAAGCGUCACUUGACUAUAAUAGAGAGGUUGAAAAUUAGUAUUUGGUGAAAAUCGCACCAUUAGUAUCGAAGGUAUAAUAUCUUAAAUUUGACAUUUUUGUUUGAAUUUUAGUGUCACACUAAAGUGAAUAGCUUGGCAUAUAUUAUACAGCUAGGCGCGCAUGGGACAAAUGCACACUCAAACGUUUUUAUAUAAGAAAUGCAAAACCCUUCUUUCUUGGACCGUCGCGAAAUUGUUAUCCAAGUAGUGCGAUUGACCGGAAGAAUUCGGGGGUGGUCUAAAAAUUUAGAUUUACUUGAACGUUUCGAGUGUGGAAUAUUUUGUCCAUCACUGUAAUGAGCGAAAUGCAAGUUGAUGAUCGCAUUAUCGGCACUUGUGUAGCAGAUAAUUGUCAUAAAUUAAGUCUGAUUAAAUGACGGUAGAUACAAUUAUCUAUGCAAUUUAUAGACUCUGCUGUUCAAGCCGAUUGUCUCUUAAACUUGCUUCUGAUAAGUUGGGGUUGAUAAGAUAAUUGAAAGACCAGUUUUACUCGCAUCAUAGCACAUACAUAAGUUGGGACUCAGUAGGCUGUCGGAGUCAGUUCAGGAGGUUUUAUUGAAGAAAAUGGUGAUCGCGAAAAAAAUUGUUUACGCUAAACAAUUUGAAGGUGAACCGACGCCCUCGAAUUUUCGACUGGAGACUGAAGAGUUACUGGCGCUUGAUUCUGGCGAGAUACUAUGCGAAGCGGAGUAUUUAAGUGUCGACCCCUACAUGCGACUUUUCAUGUCGCGAUUUCCCGUGAACAGUGGCAUGAUUGGCGGUCAAGUGGCCAAGGUUAUCGAAAGCAACAAUCCUAAGUAUCCAGUUGGCUCGCACGUAUUUGGAUAUUUCGGCUGGAGGACCCAUACAGUCGUGAAACCAUCGGAAGGCCCCUUUGAAAAUUCAAUGAGUCCAGACGAAGUGACGCGCCUCGAUAACUUUGAAGGACUUCCAUAUUCACUUGGACUCGGCUAUCUUGGCAUGCCAGGCUCCACAGCGUACUUUGGAUUUCUAGAAAUAUGUAAGCCAAAGGCAGGGGAAGUUGUGGUUGUUACGGGAGCAGCAGGAGCAGUUGGCAGUCUUGUGGGACAGAUUGCAAGAAUUAAAGGAUGCAGAGUCAUUGGAUUUGCUGGGUCAGACGAAAAAUGCACAUGGUUGAAAGAAGAACUGGGAUUCCAUUAUGCUUUCAACUACAAAACGUGUGACAUCAGUAAAAGCCUAGAAGAAGCUGCACCCACCGGCGUUGAUUGCUACUUCGAUAACGUUGGUGGUGAGAUAAGUUCAACGGUAAUUAGCAAAAUGAAUAAGUUUGGAAGGAUUUCAGUUUGCGGAUCGAUUUCCUCUUACAAUGACACAAAAGUGCAUUUAGCUCCGGUUAUGCAACCUUAUUUUGUUUUCAAUGAGCUGAAAAUGGAAGGAAUCGUGUUCUAUAGAUGGAGAGGCUGUUUUGAAGAAGCGUUUAAAGUUGUAAGAGACUGGAUCAAAGAGGGCAAAGUUAAAUAUAGAGAAACUAUUACGGAAGGAUUUGAAAAUAUGCCGCAAGCAUUUCUGGAUCUGUUUAACGGAAAGAAUUUUGGAAAAGCGGUUGUGCAGGCCUAAAUUCUUAUUUUCCGAAUUUCAUUUCUAUCGAAAGUACUUUAAAUAAAAUAAGCUACUAAUCGUAUUCCUAUAAUGGAGUUUACUUGA